AUGGCUUUCAGGCGUCCAUUGACGCUUUCCACAGGGUCAGCGUCCCUGCUAUCAUCCGUGGCAGCUACUGCUCGUACCCGCAGCUCUGCGCUUCCUCGAUUCACCUCUAUUCGUGCAUCAUCGAGCUCAACCUCAGCUCUUGCCUACAAGGCAUUGCACCCGGUUUCAUCUAUUCUCUAUGAGACUCCCGUGGCUCCCAGCAACCCACCCAAGCGGCACAUCCUGAACUGCCUCGUGCAGAACGAGCCCGGUGUGCUGUCCCGUGUGUCCGGUAUCUUGGCUGCCCGUGGCUUCAACAUUGACAGUCUGGUGGUGUGCAACACCGAGGUUGAGGAUCUCUCGCGGAUGACCAUCGUGCUACAGGGCCAGGAUGGCGUCGUCGAGCAGGCUCGCCGCCAGCUGGAUGAUCUCGUCCCUGUCUGGGCUGUGUUGGACUACACCGAGUCCGCUCUUGUGCAGCGUGAGCUGCUCCUGGCCAAGGUCUCUAUUCUUGGCCCCGAGUUCUUCGAGGAGCUGCUCCAGCACCACCGCGAGAUCACCACCUCGCCGGGUUCCCUGGACCACAAGAACACUCAGAACAGCCAGUCUACCCAGCAAUACCACCCUCGUCACCUUCCCCAGAGUCAGGCCUUGCGUCACAAGCACGAGCACUUGGAUGCCAUCACCCGCCUGACUCACCAAUUCGGUGGUAAGAUCUUGGAUAUCAGCACCAACAACUGUAUCGUCGAGGUCUCUGCCAAGCCUACCCGUAUCGAUUCUUUCCUCAAGCUGAUCGGUCCCUUCGGUAUCCUUGAGUCUACCCGCACUGGUUUGAUGGCCCUUCCCCGGUCCCCUCUUAGUGAGCCCAACGAGGAAAUCGAGAAGGAUGCUGCCGAUGUUGUCGAUGCCAGCACUCUGCCCCCCGGCUAA